UAUCACAAAAGAUGUACACUAAUGACGAGCUCACGGAAUUCAUGGAUUUCCUAGUGGAACAGACAAAGGAUUCCAUCUAUCCAUUGGUGGCAAAAAAAGUAUUCAAAAAAUUUCCCAAUCGUCGUUUGAUCCCGGAAGAUAAGCGUUACCCAAGAUUUUGCUCACAUUUUGCACCGAAAAUGAACGAAUUUAAUAAGUACAGUAUUGAGGAACGAAUUCGAUUGAUGUAUGCAUUACGUGGAAAAGUUGAAGAUGAUUUUUUGACAAGAAUUCAAGCUCAUGGAACUGUUGAGCUCAAUGAAAAACAUAGAAUCUCAAAAUUCAUCUCGAAUGACGGAACAUUUUCCUUGGAAGAUGAUCGUGAACGUUUAUCAAUAGACACUACAGGACUCGAAUUCGUCAGGCUCUUGGACUUCCUUAUCGAAAAAACUAGAGAUGUCAUUGAACCAUUGCUGGUGACAAAAAGAAUUUUUCAAGAAUUUAGCCGACUUGAGCCCGGUCCGAGGCAUAAACAUCCUGACAAAAUGUAUAAUAGGAAAUUUCGCUAUAGUUUGGCACCAAAUAUGAAUAAAUAUAGUGACUACAGUAUUGAAGACCGGGUUCGAUUAUUCUUUGCGUUUGGUGGUGAGAUCGAAGACGAUUUUCUGAGGACAAUUGAAACCCAUGGAACUGUCCAAUUGGAUGAUAAGAGAAGAAUCACAAAAUAUGUCUCCAACGACGGAAAUUUCAAAUUGGAAGGGAUUCGUCGUCAUAUUAUGUCAAAACCAGCUACAGGUCCCGAAUACACGAGAUUCAUGGAGUUUCUUAUCGAAACGACUAAAGAUGCAGUUGAACCAAUGAAGGUGCCCUUAGUAUUGAAGGCAUUCAAGCGCCAAGAAGGUCGCAAGUUUACAGAAAAUGGAUAUGGUAGCAGAUUUCACAAAAAGCUGGCACCAAAUAUGAGUAAAUGGAGCAAAUACAGAAUCGAAGAGCGCACCCGAAUGAUGUUUGCAAUGAAAGGCAAAGUUGAAUCUGAUUUUCUUGCUCAAAUUGAAGCAUCUGGCAAAGUCCAACUAGAUAAAAACCAGCUAAUUGUCAAAUAUACUUCAAAUGAUGGAGAGAUUGAACUGGGAGGAGAGACGAGAUUGGUUGAGAAGAAGAAGCGGAAAUCUACAAAUUACCACAAAAUGCACCAAAAAAGACGCAAAAUCAUUCGGUCUGUCACGGAUGAGACGAGUUUGGUUGCGAAAUGGAAAAGAAAGUCGGACAGUUACUACGAAAUGUACCAAAAGAGACGCAAAAUCGGGGAGAAAGAGUUGUCUGACACGGCUGAGGUGGAAGAAGUAGCGCCAUACGAUGAGGCUCCCAAUGAAGAUCAAGAUACCCAAUUAAAUCCAUUUAAUGCAAUGAGUAAUCUAACGACGAACGGUCCAUCAUCGAAUGCACAGGAGUGGUCUAACGACGAGCCAAAGCAGGAGCCUGUAUUCGAGGAUAUCUUCAUUCAAAAUCAACACUUUCCUUCAGAAAUUGAAGAUGUUCCAAUUCAAGAAAUUCGCCGUAUUGAGCCAGACACCAAGCUUGCCUAUUUGAACAUAGGAUCAAGUGUGCAAGGAGCUGUAAUUACUGAUUCUGGCGAGAUCAAGCUUCAUAAAUUCUUGAAUUCGUUAGAACUCAUUCUUACUUCUCUCGAAUCAGAUACUCUAGAUGAUUUGUUAAACGAUAUUGAAGGGAUUCGUGUUCGAAUAAAUGAUGAGAUUCUUCCACCAGAGCUAGUGAUCACUGCCUUGCAGACGUUCUUAUUGGGAAUCACUCGCAAGUCUCGAUCCGCAGCGUCAGCAGAAAACAAAUCAUCACACGAGUGUCUGAGAAUCUUCAAAUAUUCAUUGCUUUGGCUCAGAAGCCCUUUGCUUUGGGAGAUACAACAGAGGGUUGCGGAAGAAAUUGAGAGUCACGUUAUAGGAGAAAAGAUUAUCCUAGUCGCCGAUGUUCAGCAAGGUAUUCGGAACAUUCUCUUUGCGGUUUCCAGCUAAUUAACUUGAAACUUUUCAUAAAUAUCUUAUUUAUUUUUUACAUGAAUAAUCUUGCUCUA